AUGGACAGAAGGAGCCUUAUUCUGGGAUGGUUUCUCUUUGGAAUCUUGUCCGUUUCCUCCGAUGAGUCUCUGAACGUACCGACUGGCAUCGGUUCUUCACAUGAUGUUACGAACAACUCGCUUUGUCCAGAAAAUGUUGAAGAAAAUAGUUUCAACUGGACAACUAGAUUCGCAGGGUCGUCGUUUGGAUGUAAAAUGUCCACGUCAUUGAGCCCGAGCUCCUCAUCGGACAGUCCGAUCUCUGCGUCUUACCGGCAAAAGUCCUCAUCUGCAAUCCUGGGGUCUUCAUUUGAUAGCAUGGGGCUCUCAUCUGAUGGUCUGGGGUCUAUAUCUGAUGGUAAGUGGUCUACAUCUGAAUAUCUUAUAUCCACACCUCCUGACAACAGGAGAGAAAACUCUGUUGAAGGACGACGAAUCCAACAGAUCAUUUUCUUCAUGGGCUAUGGUAUAUAUUUGCCGUGCCUCGUGUUUGUGUGUGUGGUGGGCAACAGUCUGACUCUGACAGUACUGUACCAGGGAGCUCUCAAAUCCAGCACAAGCGCUUUCUUCAUGGCAUUGGCGGUCUCCGACGUUUUCGCGCAGAUAGCCGCGGUCCCGUACGCUAUCCAGGCCUACCCAAGCGUAGCAAACCAACCCACCGCAAAAACUGUGCAUGCCUUCUGGCUUUGUUACGUUUUCCCGCUUGUGUAUACGUUUCUAACUUCGAGCAUAUGGAUCACGGUUUGUCUGACCACAGAGAGGUUCAUCUGCGUGUGUUACCCUAUCAAAGCCAAGGUCAUCUGCACCCAACGGAGAGCCAAGAUGGCUGUGACGUCUGUGUUUCUACUUAGUAUUUUUUCCAAUUCGCCUUAUUUCUUCGUUAGAACACCGUCUGCCCGCAUAGACGUCGACACCAAUGCUACGUACUACGAGAGUGAGCUGACGUGUCUCUGUCAGAAGAGCUAUACUUCAGCUUCUUUGUCCAUGGCGUCAGAAAACUUCACCAAGGUCUACAACCAAAUCAGGCCUAACCAGCGUUACCAGUUUCAACGGCUGAGUAAAUAG